GGCUCUGACGUCAAUGUACGUCAGCCGGAGAACACGAUGCCUCCCGCGAGCCGACUCGCUUACUCUCGCUAAUAAAACUGAAAUAUUAUAGCCCUAUUGUAUUGGAAAGACUGGUGCGACGGACCGCGGCGCUCGCUGGUGUCCCGGUAUCUUCUCAUUGGACCGAGUGCUCCGACAACCUUCGAGCUGGCUUUGCGAGCGGGGAUCUUACUUUGUCUAUUUUUAUUAGACAUAUCCUAGCAGACGGCGUAUUUUUCGUCCGUCUUGGUUAAUCUUGAAGCCCAAGCCGUGGUGAAUCCCAUCUCGCUGAAGCUUCAUAAUACAACCCCCCCAUCCUCCGGUCCCCAGUUCCCCUGUAACAGCAUGGUCAUGGCUGACUGUCACCAAAAGCCGAUGCUUCGAACUCCGGUGCGAGUGGGAUUUUAUGACAUCGAGCGCACUUUGGGAAAGGGGAAUUUCGCAGUUGUCAAGCUGGCGAGACACCGCAUCACCAAAACCGAGGUUGCCAUCAAGAUCAUCGACAAGACGCAGCUGGAUGCCGUGAACCUGGAGAAGGUGUACCGGGAGGUGCAGAUCAUGAAAAUGCUGGACCAUCCGCACAUCAUCAAGCUGUACCAGGUCAUGGAAACCAGGAACAUGCUUUACCUCGUGACAGAAUAUGCCAGGAAUGGGGAGAUUUUUGACUACCUUGCCAGCCACGGGCGCUUGAGCGAGCCAGAGGCCCGGCGGAAAUUCUGGCAGAUCCUGUCCGCAGUGGAGUUCUGCCACAACCGGCACAUCGUCCACCGGGACCUGAAGGCCGAGAACCUGCUGCUGGACGGACACAUGAACAUCAAGAUCGCAGAUUUUGGGUUUGGGAACUUCUUCGAGCCAGGUGAGCCCCUGGCCACGUGGUGCGGCAGCCCCCCCUAUGCAGCUCCUGAGGUGUUUGAGGGCCAGCAGUAUGAAGGCCCCCAGCUUGACAUCUGGAGCAUGGGCGUGGUCUUGUACGUGCUGGUGUGUGGAGCGCUCCCUUUCGACGGCCCCUCCCUGCCCGUGCUGCGCCAGCGAGUGCUGGAGGGCCGCUUCCGGAUCCCCUACUUCAUGUCGGAAGACUGUGAGCACCUGAUCCGCCGCAUGCUGGUGCUGGACCCGGCUCGGCGGCUCUCGCUGGCUCAGAUCAAGGAGCAUCGCUGGAUGGUGCUGGAGGUGCCCGUGCAGCGCCCCCUGCAGUACCACCUGGGUGUGGCCGGCGAGAGCGAAGGAGGCGCGGCCGGCGUGGGGGGGUACAGCGAGCAGGUGCUGCGUCUCAUGCACGGCCUGGGCAUUGACCAGCACAAGACCGUUGAGUCCCUACAGAACAAAACGUAUAACCACUUUGCUGCCAUCUACUUCCUGCUGCUGGAGCGUCUGAAAGCUCACCGCUGCAGCUUCCCGGCUGAGCAGAGGCUGGAUGCCCGCCAGCGCCGACCCAGCACCAUCGCCGAGCAGACCGUGCUUAAGAGCAUGCGCUUGCUGCGGACCCCAGCCUCGGCGCCCCCAGUGACAGACACCUUCCCCUACCCACAAUGCCCCGGUCCAUCUGACCUGGGUCUGAUGGAAGAGGAUGUUGGCACACCCAAGGUCACUGGCUGCCUUCUGGACCCCCUGCCUCCCCCUGUGGUCCCCAGAAAAUCCAGUACAUCCUCGCCCAGCACCGUGAUGGGCACGUCUAUCGACGAGGGGAUCGAGACGGAGGAGCAGGACGCCGAGGAUGACGUGGCCCACGUGCUUGCUGCCUUCCAGAGCGCCCGCUUCGGCCAUCGGCGGCACACGCUGUCGGAGGUCACCACCCCAACUGGCGUCGUGGCAGCUGCAGGACGGCUGGCAGGCUUGGGCCACAACCCCUCUAUGGGCAGCAUGGAGUCCGAGUGCGACACCAGCUCCAUCCACAGCGAGCUAAGCCUCUUGGAGGACCCGCCGUCGCUAGGCGACCUGCCUCAGGCUGACUGCUCCUUCGCCCCCCGGGCCCUGGCCGACCCCCACGUACCGCCGCUCAGCCUGCAGUGGCGGGAGCUGCACAACCGCUCGCCUGUCUGCUUCAGGGAGGGCCGCCGGGCCUCCGACACCUCCCUUACCCAAGGCCUGGUGGCGUUCAGACAGCAUCUGCAAAAUCUGGCCCGGACCAAGGGGAUUCUGGAGCUGAACAAGGUCCAGAUGCUGUACCAGCAGAUGGGUUCUGGAGAGGAGGUCCUCAACAUGCACGGACUUUUGCCGCAGGAGCUGCUGGACCCCUCGCUUCUGGGCGACGCAUCCCAGCAGCUGGACGGCAUGGCCUCGUUCCCUGCCGAAGCCCCUCCCUCAACAAUGCCCCGCAGGCAGAGCUUGGAGACGCAGUAUCUGGCUCAGAGGCUGCAGAAAGCUAGCGUCAUGGCAAACAGCCCCAGCAGCUGCCAGAUGUUCUGCAAGGAGGCCCCACGGAGUCUGGAGCAGCAGCUGCAGGAGCACAGGCUGCAACAGAAGAGGCUCCAUCUGCAGAAGCAGUCUCAGCUACAGGGCUACUUCACUCAGAUGCAGAUAGGGGAGAGCUCCUACACACCAUGUUCCACCGUGGGCCCACAGGAGCUGCCCCCCCCGGCCCUCUGCCCUCUGCUGGAACCCGGUGUGAAGCCCAUGACCUACGACCCCUACACAGGGCAAUACUCUCAAUUCUGCUCAACCACACAGGACUACAGCUAUCCAACCUGUGAGGUCCUGCCAUACGGGGGGACGGGUCAGUGCCCCCUGGAACCCGGUCAGCCUCCUCCCCCUCCCCCUGUAGGCCUACCCCAGGCCCCAGCCACAGCCCAAGGGCCCUUUCUGGAGGUGGAGAUGAUGGAGACUGUUGAUUCGCAGCAAGGCUUUGUGUUGGUCAACUAGAACUAUGGGCGUGGGGGGGGGGGGGGGGGGGCGCUGUGGAGGAGACAAUGGAAUGCAGUUUUGCAGUUUUCGUGUUGCUACUACUACUCUGAAUAUUGUGUACCUCAAUCUCUUCUUUUAUUUUAAAACCAAAAUCCCACCCCCCUCAUUAAAUUGUACCACUGCGAAUGGUGCCCAGUCCCAGGCGGUGGAGGCAGUGGUGGGGCGGGCCCCUCACUUCAGCGAGUGCCUGCCCCCCCUCUCCCCGUGAUGGUGCAGAGCUGCUGCACGUGCUCAGUGGAGGUUGGACAAAGCCAUCCCACGGCGGACAGAGACUGCCGCACAUUCUGAGUGGGGUGGUGUCCUGGAUUGUGUGGCAAUACUUAAGCAAUAUACUUUUUUUUUCUAACUAAAAGGAACCUUAAGGCGUGUUAGGUUUCUGAAAGAAUGUUGUUCUUUUUAAAAACCUAAAGGAAUCUCAAAACGGUGCAACCGUCAGACAGCCCGCGUUAGAUUUUAACGAAAAAGACUCGUCCCGGCUUUUUGUUUUUCUCCCGAGACAAGCUAAAAUAUGGAAGGAGUUUAGUUUUUUUUGUGCACUUAAAUCUACUUGAAAGAAACUUACUGACUGCACACUACUUCCCUGGAAAAAUAGGGUGAAGAGAAUAAAGGAAAAUGGCCAAGGCCACCACUAGAAGACUGGGAAGGAAAAAAAUGCACUUUUUUUUUUCAAGGAAGUGGAAAGGAAAUAUAAAGGAACAGGAAGUCUGGGGCUGUGAAGAACGGUGGCCUGCAGGGACAAAUGACACGAACUGAGGUCUAACCGAACAGAUGUCUAACGAGGAGUCCGGAGACAUUUUCUGCUUCUGUCGCUUUGUGUAAAUUACACUGUAGCAGUUCCUGAACCUCCAUUCGGGAUUUAAUCCUCUAGUGAUGUUCCAUAUUUUUUUUUUUUAAUUUAAGAACUGAAUCGGUAUGGUUGGUUGUUCCUGAUUUGCUUUCGUUCUCCGUUUAUAGAAACAGGCAGCCCCAGUUUUCAUUAAGGUACGAAACCAAAGUUGCUCUUGGAGAUUUUCCCCGUCCGAUCCCACUGUGUGGGGCUUGGAUGGUUUGGGCUUCCUAACAUUGCUGUUUUGAUCAGUCAGUAUAUGCCGUCCUAAAGUAUUAUAGCAAUAUUUAAGUAUAUUAGUAUGAGGAAAAUAAGGGUAACUUUUCUCUGUAAUACCUACUGAAAGACACAGUCCUCUGCAUCGCCUCGUAUACCUUGUCGAUGUUGUACACACAUAAGCUAAUUUAAAAACAAAGGUUAAUUUCA